AGGCUGCCGGAGGGAGGGAUGGAGGAGAAGGGAGGGGGGAGCGGAGCCGGAGCCCAGAGAAGACGGCGGCGGCGCUGCAGAGCGGCUGGGGCGGCGGCACGGCCCCGGGUGCUCCCCCCAGCGCCCGCCCAGCGCCUGUGAGGGCCCCGGCCCCGGCCCCCCGGAGCCAUGGGCUGCAUCGGCUCCAGGACUGUGGGGAAUGAGGUGAUUGCAGUGGAUUGGAAAGGUCUGAAGGAUGUUGACCAAAUCAACAUGGACAGCACCAGCUCCCUGCAUGGGAGUAGCAUCCACCGGCCAUCCACUGAGCAAACUCGAACAGAUUUCUCUUGGGAUGGCAUCAAUCUUUCCAUGGAGGACACAACCUCCAUCCUUCCCAAGCUUAAGCGGAAUUCCAAUGCCUAUGGUAUUGGGGCUUUGGCCAAGUCGUCUUUCUCAGGGAUCUCACGUAGCAUGAAGGACCACGUGACAAAGCCUACAGCCAUGGGGCAAGGUCGAGUGGCCCACAUGAUCGAAUGGCAGGGCUGGGGGAAGGCCCCAGCUGCUCAGCCACAGCACAGUCAUGAGUCUGUCCGAAGGGAUACGGAUGCCUACUCUGAUCUCAGUGAUGGCGAGAAGGAGGCUCGAUUCCUUGCAGGGGUCAUGGAACAGUUUGCUAUCUCUGAGGCCACACUCAUGGCUUGGUCUUCGAUGGAUGGUGAAGAUAUGAGUGUUAAUUCUACCCAGGAGCCAUUGGGCUGCAACUACAGUGAUAACUACCAGGAGCUGAUGGAAAGUCAGGAUGCCCUAGCCCAAGCCCCAAUGGAUGGAUGGCCACAUUCCUAUGUAUCCCAAGGCAUGUACUGCUUGGGCUCAUCAGAUGCCUGGGAAGCAAGCGACCAGUCUCUCAUAGCCUCUCCGGCCACUGGUUCCUACCUUGGUCCAGCCUUUGAUGACUCCCAGCCCAGUCUGCAUGAAGUAGGGCCUUCUCAACCUUCAUCUGGACACUCAGCCCAGGGACCCCAACCCUUACUGGGAGGAGACUCUGACUGGGCUCCAGGAGUAGGUGGAAUGGACCCUGCAAAGGAUCUGUCUGAGAAAAGGCAAAUACCUGCUGAGGAGGAGGAAGAUGCAGGAUGCCGGGAUCUGGAGUCACUGUCCCCACGGGAAGAGCCUGAGGCAUCUGCUGCCCUCAGUAGGAAAGUAUCAGACGUUACAUCCUCAGGGGUACAGUCUUUUGAUGAGGAGGAGGGAGAAGCCAAUAAUUAGCUCCCUUCCAUCCAUGUGCUCCUGCCCUCCCUCUCCCCAAUUUUACCAGAGGGGCAUGGCUGCAUCAAACAUCCUGAGGGCAAAGAGGAACAGCCCAGCCAAGGCAGGGUCACGGGAUGCUGAGGGACCCAGGAGUCCCAGUGAUGGAGGGCAUCAGGAAAGAAAUGAUCCCUGCUUACGAUCCAGAGACUAUGAGGCUGAUAAUUGAGACAGAGACACGGUUGUGUGGAUAUGAAACCUUAAACAAUGUCAAGAUUGUGAGUAUGAUGCAUGGGGUCUGCACAUACUGAUUCAUUGCGAUGAAGAUGGAGGUAAUAUCUGUGGAUGUUAGAAACCAGCCUACGAAUAGAAAGCCCGUGAAUACAGAAUGGACCUCAAUUCUUCAUUCCCUUUAAUUUAGUCUUCCAGGCUUGGGCUCUUGGCUGCCUUGAUGCCUCCUUGCCACCCUUCCAAUAUGGCUUAUUCCUCAGACUUCGUUCAUCGUGGCCAUGGUUCCAGCUUAUUCCUACUCUAAGGAACAGAUCACCUGGGCGCUUGGCCAUGGCUACAGUGAAUGCACUUCAAGGGGCUGACUUUUGAAGUGGAUGCAGAAGCUAUAGAGAGGGGAGUCCCCAUCUUGCUGAUGGUUGUGUGACUCUCUCCUUGGAAGAGACUUGCAAUGCCAGGAUAAAGAAACUGCCUUCAGGCAGAGUUUGAGGAUCAAUAAUGUGUUUGCCGGGACACUUGGAUGUGUCCAGUUGUGAUUCAUCCAGGUAAAAAGCACAUGGAGGUCAAGAACUUGUCCUGAUAGCAGCGUCAUCUGCUGGAUCUGGCUUGACAUCUGGGAUGUAGACCACGGUUGAGUCAGAGGUGAUUCCGAGGGCUGCACUAACUGGGUUGGUGGCGGUGGCGUUGAUCGGCCUUUGGGGUCAGCCUGCUCUUCUUCCAUCCAUCUCUCCCCCUGGCUUCUGCCUGGGGAGUCCACCCCUGGGCAGAGAAGUGGGACUUGGCCUGAGUAUUCUGAUUCAGGUACCCUGGCAAGGGGACUGAGCUUUGGGGCUGUGUCCCCCAUUCAUUCCCCCUUCUUCUCUGGAGCUGUUUACACUUUUCUCUUUGCCUUUUCUACAUUUUUAUAUCUUCUUGGGGACUCAGGGAUGAAUGAGAUGGUGGGUUUGGGGGACCUAGUGUCCGGGCUGGAGUGGGGUCAGCUGCUGGGGAUGGAGUCAGUAUGGUCGCUUGGCCAUUCUGCCCCUUCAUCUAGCACCCCAUAGGGUGCUAUUUAUUUGGUUAAACCCUUCCCACUCCAGACUCCUAGGCAGUAGAUCAAGUUUCUCAUCAUAGGCGAGGGUCUGACAGUGUGGCACACACUCCAGAAAUCAUCAUUCUCUUACAUCCCCAGAGUGUUCUGGUUGCCCUGGGCCCUCAGGUUUACUGCAGAGCCUGCCUGAGUUUUGAGAUCCCAAGGAUUUGAUAGGUGGUUUGGAGAUCCAAAGGGGAGGAGUGGAGAAUGACACAGCUCCGAAGGGACUGAUAGAUGAUAAAACUGGACCCUGCCCUCCUAUAUCUCCCUUGUUCUGUACUGACAUACCCCUUUAUACCUCCAGUGUGCUACUCAUUAUGUAAAUUUCUGGCAAAAAAAAAAAAAGGCAUUAGGAAAAAGGAAGAAAGGCUAAAGAGUCAAUUAAGGUGCCACGUCUCCUCCAUUCUCCUCUUUCCCUCUGCUCCUCAGGUACCAACCCUUAUGGCAGUUUUCCUGAGUGUGUUACAUGGCUUGUUAUCUUUGGGCAGAUGCUCUUUCCAGUUGCCCUAAGCCUGGACCUGAGCAGAGCUGUCCAUGGCAUCCUUCCGAUUAUCCUCUGGAAUCAGGGUUUGAGGUGGUUGUUUUCCUGUUUUGUGACCGCCCCCUUCCACCAAGCACGCUCAGAUCUUAACUAGCUAUCUCCUCUAGGGUUGGAGGGCUUGGAGAAGAAAGGGACACAGUCACUCCAAUAACACCUCUUGAGGGGCAUCUUGAGUGGGUUUAGCCACCAGACUUGCCUGAAUGAUAAUUCUUGGAAAACCAAGAGAUAUUUGGAUGUGAGUGACCAGACUCACUGAGGUACAUGUGAGUCUCCUCCUCCCACCCACGCCCCUCAACCUCCCCUCCUCUCAAUCUCCUAAAAGCUAGUCUUCCAUCCCUCCUCUCCAGUCAGGAUCCAAUGUUUCUCCUUGCCCAGUCUCUCAUCGAUAAAUAUAUCAUUCCCUUUUUGUUCUGGACCAAGCCAACAUUUCUGUCCCUGGGCUCAUGAUGGAUAUAUGAUCCUUUGGGUCCCAGAGGGAGGGAGAGGCCCACCUUCGUGAAGUCCAUUUCUUGCAGUUUCUUUCUAGUUGAGACCAGUGGGAAGGAAAUCAAAAGGCUAAAGGUUCAAGGCCUCCUCCUGAAGAAAUCAUGCCAAGGAAAGCCCCAAAUAAGGGCAAAUUGGUGAGGUCAUCUCUGGAUAACGGAUUGCCUGCUCAGGGAUGCUAGAAAGGGAUCGUUGCAGGCCAAAGGGCAAGGAGGAAUCUUUCAUUCUGACAAGCACCACCCCACCACGAUAAAGGAGGAGAUACAGGGAGUUAGACUGGGGUCUCUAGGACUCAUGGGGAAAGGGGGAAAAUCUGCCCCUUUGAUUUUGCUGGGGGGAAUGCAUGGGGGGUUAAUCAUAGACUUUUUGUAAGGGGGAGGGGCAUGUGCAGAAGGGAGGAUGUUUGGGGUGGGAUUCUGGGGUGCUUUUCUUUGGGGGACCAGAUCUUGCAGCACGCUUUGCAGCAGCUGGGGGCUGUUUUUUUUUUUUUAAUAUUGUGAAUGAAAUUGCUCUUGCUAAUGAUGGGGUGGGAGUGGGGCAUUUAAAAUCAAUAUUCACUUUACUCAACAAGGAAAAACCUACACCUUCAUUCACCACCUCACCACCUCCCCUCCUCCUCAUCCUUCCAUGAAGGAGGGAGUCUUCCUGGGCAUGUUGGGGUCGGGGCAGGAAAUGAGGACCUUACCCCAUAUACAUACACAUCCUACACUUUCUGUCUUCCAGCUCUGGGGAACACGCACUUUUGUGGCCAGUUUUUCUUUGCAUGUUUUCUUAAUGUGACCACCCCUCCAACCCCGAGAGAGAUUCUAUGACAUAUAUCAAAGAAAGAAUUAUAUAUAUAUAUAUGAUAUUAUAGAUUAUAUAAACUCAGACUUACUUCAGUAUUGAAGUCUAUCUAUAUAUGUAGGCAUGGGGUAGGAGUGGCUAUCCUACGCCCUGUCUUCCCCAUUCCUGCCUCAGCCCCCUCUCCCUUAGGGAGAGGGAGCUGCCUUCUGUAGCCUCUCUGUACUAGGGAGGUACAGGGAGUAAGGUUGGGGGUGGGCCAGGGGUCAUGUUUGCUGACACUAAACAGGUUGUGGUCUCUAUAUCGCCUCUGGCUGUGUCUUAUUUGUCAAGGGUGGGGUGAGACUCAGAGAAGCCACUAGCUGAGGAAGGGAGACAACUGGACAGUCAAACUGAGAGGGACCUGAGAGCUAGGCUGUCUGGGGUGACUUCCCUAGACAUCCCAGACUUUAGGAGGGGCUGCAUGAUUUUCAGCAAAUCAUUUAACCUCUUGAGCCUGUUUUUUCUUUUGAGAAAUGGGGUUGGGUGGGAGGGAGUGAACUAGGUCUUUGAAUUCUUCUGGCUCUAACGUUCAGUAACUCCACAGCUGGGCCGGUGGCUUCUAGUACAAAGGAAAGAGACAACCCUCUAAAAUGUCUUUGGGAUGUGGCAAAUUGAAGGGCCUGCCCUGCUCUCUACCCAAAGAAGAUGUUAGGGGUGACUAGGCAGCUGAUACUGCAAAGAGACUGUGGGUGGGGGAGAAAGUGGUGGCUGUACCAGCUGGUGCUUAAAAACAACAACAAAAACCAUGAACUUGGGCACAUGACUGGGGGGGAACUGGUGCUGGCUGCCUGGCAACAACAGCCUCCUCCCCCCUUCUAUAUAUCCCCUUUAUAUUGCAUAUAGCCCUUUUGGGGCGUAUCUUUCUUUCUGAAGGCUGUCCUUGACGUUUAUUUUAACCAAAUUUCAUCUGAAUAAAAAGUGUUGGCACCCAGUG